GGCAGCCGUGCGCCAAACCGUGCCCGGUCAGCUGGGAAAGAAGAAGUAGGAGAAAGAAUUGUGGGUUUUAUGGUUUUAUCCACUGACUGGGCGACUUUGUUUUUAGGACGUCUGCACAGUGAGAAAGAUGCCCACUCAGAAAGAAUGCCACGUUUGUAAGACAAAAAUCGGGGUAGCCAGUAAGACGUGUGGGCACUGUGGAGCCAAGCAGCCGUACAAACAAAAACUGCAGAAUAUAAAGAAAAAACUCGACCAAACCUGGAAGGAGAGGCAGAAAAAAAACAGCAGCGUCAACAAAGUCUAUGAUGCAACAAAUCUACUGCUCCACAAGUGGGAACUUCUAGAGCGGCAUCCACUGCUCCUCCUCGCCAGGAGAACUACCAAUGGUUUUUUAGCUGAGUGCUUCUGUCCAUGGCAGAUGGAUGCAGAGGAUGCUAAAGAUGCCCUCGUCACGAUAAAGAGGAUUUAUGAAAGACUUCUUAAUGAGGUGUCUGUGUCAGCUGAAGCAGCAGCAGGGUCGAGGCAGAGUCCAGCAGCAGACAGUGAGGAGACUCCUCCACCAGACCACCACGUCCUCACAGCCGACCCGGCUUCAGAGUCCACGUCCUCACCUGAGCACAGCCCACAGUUUGACACCAAAUUCACGUUGGUCGUCGCUCCGGGGCCGUCGUCUUUGGCUUCUCCUUUGUCCUCCUCCUCCCAGAUCCCUCCUGUUUCCUCCCCCUCCUCCCUGACCCGUCCCACGUCCUCCCCUUCCCCCACCCCUCUAGCGUCGUCCCCUCUCGCCUCUCCUGUGUCGCCGACCCUCUCUGUUUCUCCCAAACCCUCCUCUCCUGUGUCCACUCAGCUAGACGGCCCCGACUCACUACCCUGCUCAUGGAAAACAACACAAGCCAGAAGGAAAUUAGACCCCAGUGACUGCCCCAUUCAUCAAGGAUCCACCAGUUUCCCCUACAAACAGAUACUGGGGGAAAGAAUCAGGGAGGGCCAGGCUGAGGUGUUGGUCCAGUGGUAUCCAUGCUCUGGAUGUGGAGCCAAGUGGAAAAACACCUGGGAGCCAAAAGAAAAUAUUCUAAGUUGACAUUGUCUUCAUCAUCUUUGUGUUGUACUGUUGUUAUUGUUGUUGUGUUGUGUUGUUGUUGUUGUGUCGUCGUAGGACAUCCACAGAGACUGACUUGAGAUUGUGCCUUUCAGAGUCAGACAUCAGUUUUUUCACAUCAGAUUUCUGCCUUUAACAUUUUAGAGAUCGUUCAUCAGUUUUACUGUUUUAUGUAACUGCUUUAUAAAACACACAGUAUCCUUUCUCUGCAUCGUAGGAGACUGGAUAAAUGAAAUAAAACAUUUUGAAUUAA